CACGUGCGUGCCACACUUUAUGCUAUUUAAUAUAGAUACCUACUAGGUAGUCCGACGGAGUUAUAGCAUCGAGAAAGAGAUUGAAGUGUAUGAUUUGAUGCAUCAAUCGUUUUGAACUAUUGAAUAUGCGUUCCUCUGUCUCAAUCCUAUCUCACAAUCGUGUUAAUUCGUUUUCAUCACAUAUCAGAAGGAUAUCUUCACAAUCCAAAACCUCAAAAUGUCCAACAUAUCAUCGAUAUUUCUCGGACACCCGUGUCAAGUCAAGGCAGGCUGCUGAUGAUCCAAACUUCACAUCUAUAGUAGACAAUCCUCCAAAUCUAGUUCGGACUGGAAGAAGGCAUGGACCUGGUCUUAUUAUUCUAGGUAAGUCACUGGCUUGUCCAACUUUUACUACCAAACUAUCUAAUUCACAUGCUCGACAGCUUUGAUUCCUCUAACAGCGUUUGCCCUGGGAACAUGGCAAGUCCAGCGUUUAGAUUGGAAAUCAAAGCUCAUUGCAAAAUUUGAGGAUCGCCUCGUUCGUGAUCCUUUGCCACUUCCUCCACAUAUUGACCCUUCAGCAAUAAAAGAGUUCGAUUAUAGGAGAAUAUUCGCAACUGGUCACUUUCGACACGAUCAAGAGAUGCUGAUUGGUCCUCGCUUGCAUGAUGGCAAGGACGGAUAUCUCGUGAUUACACCUUUGGAGCGGGAUGGCAAGGGCACUAGUGUUCUUGUGAAUCGAGGUUGGAUCGAGAAGAAGUAUAAAAAGCAAACAAGCAGACCCGAUGGGUUACCUCAAGGCCAAGUAAUGGUCGAGGGUUUGUUGCGUGAACCUUGGAAGAAAAAUUAUUUCACGCCAGAUAACAGCCCACAAACCCAGGAAUUUUACUUUCCUGACGUUGAGCAAAUGGCAAAAUUGACAGGAAGCCAACCAGUCUGGAUUGAAGAGACAAUGGGUGAGAUAUUCUUUUUAUUGCAUUUCAAAGACGUGUAGCUUACAAAAUACAAGAGCCUGAUCUUUUAAUGGCUUGGGAUCGCGCUGCACGCGGAGUUCCAAUAGGAAGGCCGGCAGAGGUCAAUCUCCGAAAUAAUCAUACACAGUAUAUAUUUACAUGGUAAGCAUCUACCAGGGAUUAUAAGACCUCGCCAUCUGUACUAACGCGACUGACCGCGCGCCUCAGGUACGCCUUAGCUGCUGCUACGUCCGUUAUGCUAUGGAUGGUUGUAAAGAAACCCUCCGCAGAUAUCGCUCGACGGGUUCGUCAAAACAAAGAAUGGUCUUGAACAUCAUGUAUACUUCCUCUCAUUUUUUUGGUGGUUUCUGUCGUGAUUGAUCUCUCGAUUUCAACCGAGAGUCCAUUCGAACGUCUUGUAAGAGCUCUCUAGGCAGGCGACUUUGUGCGAGAGAAAAUGGCGUUGUUGUAGCAUUGGUCUGGCGUUGUCUGUAAAAUACUCAGCAUGUGUUCAGGUCUCUAAUUAUAUUCGGAUGAAUACCUUUUCAUGAGCAUCAAAACAUCACUCUCAUCGAUUGUUUUUCGCCCUGCAUGUU